AUGGAACUCUUGCUACUGUUGUUGGAAGUACAGAAGGAUACCGGUGUUGCUCAUCUCAGUGAGCCAGUUCUUGACGCCAAUUCUUUCCCUCUUCUGGUUGCAUCAGUCUCUUCGGCAAAAAUGUUCGUUUCUUCACCAAUGUCUUUCAUUGAAAAUCAGUGCUAUGAUCUUCUUUCGACCAUUGCUGAUCUCUCCAAUGUUCCUGAUGUUGACAAGCAUGUGCAGAAGGUGGCGAUGUUUCUCUAG